AUGAAUUUUUACGAAGAAAUAUCCAAUUAUUCAUUUAUAAAAAAUAAUAAAUUUGAUAAUGUUUUUUGUGAUUUAUCUGAAACUCCUUUACCAGAAUUUCUAUUAAAAUUAUUUAAUAGUGUUAAUUAUUGUCCAUGGAUUUUUUCUUUAAUCGGUUCUAUGUUAGUGGGCCUUAGUGGAAUUUUCCCUCUUUUAGUCAUUCCUGUCGAAGAUGGAGAAAAAUUAAAAUUUGGGGCCGGAGCAAACAGACUGAGAAUUCUUUUAAGUUUUGCUGUCGGAGGUUUAUUGGGUGAUGUAUUUUUACAUUUGUUACCCGAAGCAUGGGAAAAUGGAUUAAAAUCAGGUGGAGGAGGAAAAGAUGAUCAUUCUCAUCCGUCCUUGUUCAGCGGUGUUUGGGUCCUUGUCGGAAUGUUAGUUUUCGUCAUAGUUGAAAAAAUAUCAUCGAGUUUAAAAUUAGAAGAAGGCGGUGAAAACGAUAAAGAAAAAAUAAUAAUAAAAAAUAAAGUUAAGGUGGUGAGAACGGAAAAGAAUAGUUCGCAAUCGUGCACAAACAACAACAACAACAACAACAGCAGCAGCGACAAGAGUUUGUCGUGCAACGGAAUCGUUAGGAACAAACCGGAAACGGAAAAUCAUUAUCACAUAAGCGGAUACCUUAAUUUGAUGGCAAAUUCCGUGGAUAAUUUCACACACGGUUUAGCCAUCGGCGGUUCUUUUUCCAUUUCUUUCAAAAUGGGCGUCCUGUCGACUUUUGCCAUUUUAAUACACGAGUUACCCCACGAAAUCGGAGAUUUUGCCAUAUUAUUAAAGUCUGGAUUUUCGCGGCGGGACGCGGCCAAAGCUCAAAUAUGCACGGCUUUAGCCGGUAUCCUGGGAUCAAUGUUUGCCGUUUUAUACGGUUCGUCUCAAUCCAUAACAUCAUGGAUACUACCAUUCACGGCUGGAGGAUUUCUUCACAUAGCUUUAGUAACGGUUCUUCCCGAACUCGUGGAAGAAGAAUCGAAAUCGGAAAGUUGCAAACAAAUGGGUUCACUUUUUUUCGGUAUUGGUGUCAUGGCGUUUCUCAUUGCUUUCUUCGAGUGA